CUCUUGGGUAAAAGUUAGUAAAGGGAAAAAGGUGAUGGUGGUAAAUAGUGGGGGUAAAAAUUUAGCAUCCUAAAAUGGCUAAAAUACAAGCUAAGGAUGCAGAAAAAACCUGUUACCCAAAUAGUUCCUUUAACCAUUGUCAGCAAAGAGAAAGAGAGAGCAAGCAGCUCCUCAACUGCACCAGGCAGGUUUGUGCUAGACAAACAAGCUCUCUCUGUAUUUCCUCUAGCAAGUUUUCUCCUUCUCCUUUCCCUUCUUCGAACCCUCCAAAGCAACAAGUGUUUCUCCUCCAGAGUUUGAGAUCUCUGGCUGCCUGAAAACCAACCUCAAGCUUGUCCUAUUUCCUGAAGCAUCUCACUGAGGAGACAAUGGCACUCAAGAAACUGCUGAUUCCACCAGAGUUUGUUAGCAACUGUGGGAGGGCAAAUUUGACCAACCCGGUAGUUCUGGAACCAACUGUUGGAGAUCCACCACAGGUGGAGGUGGAGCUCUACGAGGAUGCCAGGGGUUUUUGGCUGAGAAAUGGCUGGCAGGAGUUUGCAGACCGCAAUUCUCUCACUCAUGGACACUAUCUGUUGUUCGAGUACAAAAGCUUCUCCAGGACGAAGAGGCCAGGCUCACCUGUGGCUGGAAGUGGUGGGGGGCAGCCAGCCCGGCCGCGGUUUGCAGAGAAUGCCAAGCAAAAAGCUUUCAUGGCUACUAGGAAAGGGAGAACGGCUGAUGGUGGACAGAGUGGUAAGAGGAACCAGUUUGGUAAGGAUAAGGCUGAGACCUCACACAUUCCAGCCAAGGCUGAGACCUCACACAUUCCAGCCAAGGCUGAACAUGUUGAAGGAAUGGCAGAGCCAGGGAGGGGAAAUACCUCCACAAGCUCGAUCAGUCCAAGCUUCUUCAUUACCAUAAACCAGACUAACAUGAAUAAAUGCUAUGCGAAUCUGCCGACUGGUUUUGUGUUCGAACAUAUGAAGCUCGAGAAAAGCACUGUGAUGGUUUGUAGUGAAGAUGGGUCGGGACCAUGGGUCUUGUCCUUCGUCUUAACAAAAAGUUAUGGUGGACAUGGACGUGGACAGGGCCGCUUCUCUGGUGGUUGGCCAGCAUUCCGUAAUGACAACUCUCUGAAACCAGGGGAUGUCUGCCGAUUCAAGCUCAUCUCCCGUGAUGAGAUGGAAGUGACGAUCGAGAGGAACUGAGUUAGUUUUUCAGACCUCUAGAAUGAAAGCUUGGUUGUGUU